UUACUGACGUGUUUUUCUGUCAGCUGGGUGAUGUGGAAUACUUCGUGUUUUUGACAUUAAUAGAAUUAUUUAACCGCUUUUUAAAAUUAAAACCACCGUAACAAGUCCACUUCAAUUAUAGUGUUAAACAAUGAAUUUCAACGCGUCAGAUGCUCGCCAACGUAAGCCAAAUUUGCCUUUUCAAAAUCUGGACACCGAUGACGACGACCGCAAAACUCCGAGAAAAAUGAAACAUGGUCCCCAGCACCAACCUACACCUCCCCCUCAGCAAAUGCCUCAACCUUACUACGGGGCUGGGUACGGAAAUCCAAACGCAUCGUUCAACCCGAAUAACUACAUGGGCAUGGGCUACCCGCAGGGGCCGCAGGAUGGAGGAGUGUACGGUGCUCAGCAAAACCUACCAUACCAACCAAUGCCUCAACCCCAAGGGUUUCCAUCGAUGCCUGGCAUUCCGGACCAGGUGACAGCUGCUGCAUUUCAAUAUGGAUUCAACGCAUUGGGCCAGAGCUCCCAAGCCGUUGGCAGGGAAUUUGAAAAAUAUGUGCCUGUGUCUCGACUCAAAUACUAUUUCGCCGUCGACACAGGAUACGUAGUCAAGAAAUUGCGGCUUCUCACGUUCCCAUUUUGGCACUCAGACUGGUCAAUUAAAUACGAGUCUGAAAGCCAGCCCGUGCAGCCACGGUACGAGAUAAACGCGCCAGACUUGUACAUACCACUUAUGGCGUACGUCACAUACGUCGUCGCUGCUGGAUUGGUGCUCGGCACCCAGGAUAGGUUCACCCCAGAGAUGUUAGGCAUUCAGGCGAGCAGCUCUCUUGCCUUUAUUUUGUUCGAGCUGGCGGUUAUUUUCGUAACCAUGUACAUUACAAGCAUCAAGUCCAACCUCAAGCUACUUGACAUGCUCGCAUACUGUGGCUACCAAUUUAUUGGGGCGAUAUCGGCACUCAUGGCUGGACUCCUCUUCAAGAGCAUUGGCUACUACGUUGUUCUCACCUAUUUCAGUUUCGCUCUUGGCUUUUUUAUGAUGCGGUCUCUCAAGUGGCAACUGCAGUCAGAUAGCGCAGCAAACCAGCAGGAUCCAUACGCCGCCUCCACAUCAGGCACAAAGCGGCGGUUCAACCUUCUCAUCCUCAUGAUGGCUUUACAAACCUUCACCAUGUGGAGACUUUCUGCUCACCUGAUUGCCCCGUGAGUGUCUCUAGGAGUGUGGGACUUGAAUACCUAAGUGCCAAUUUGUAACAAAGUUUGGUAAUUCAAAAAUUAAUUUAAUCCUCCACUGUUCACUAUGAUUUUUCUUGUAUUUCCUUCAUCUGCGCAAAACCGGUUGAAAUUAUGUUAAAAGUUGUAAAUAUUUUAGCUUGAAAUAAAUCAAUUCCUUGCUAAUA